AUGGUUGUCCACUCAGUUACCAAUAUGGAUGGUUUUCCCACCAUUUUUCCUCCUGGUGGAGACAGUGAAUUGAGACAUUCUCAAACUGAGUUCCAAAAAAUGUUAACUGAUGAACGAUUACGAUGUGAACAUCAUAAAAAUAAUUAUCAGACUCUGAAAACUGAACACAGAAGGUUGCAAAAUGAGUAUGUAAAGUCACAAAAUGAACUCAAGCGCCUAUUAAAUGAAAAGCAAACUCACCAGGAAAAGUUUCAGCUGCUGCUUGAAGAGGUACGAGGAGAAUUAGUAGCGAAAACUAAAGACUUAGAAGAGAUGAAGCUGCAGGUAUUAACUCCACAAAAGUUGGAAUUGUUACGAGCCCAAAUACAACAAGAGCUGGAAACUCCAAUGAGAGAACGUUUUAGGAAUCUAGAUGAAGAAGUAGAAAAGUAUAGAGCUGAGUAUAAUAAGCUUCGCUAUGAACAUACAUUUCUCAAAUCAGAAUUUGAACACCAGAAAGAAGAAUUUGCACGUAUUUUAGAAGAAAAAGAAAUAAAACACAAAUCAGAGAUUGCAAGAUUGGAGGAAGAUAAAGAACUCCUUAACCAGUUGCACAGUGUUGAUCCCACAAGAGAGGCCAAACGAGUGGACCAACUUGUUCGAGAAAAAACCCAUUUGAAUCAGAAAUUAAAAAGUUUAGAAGCUGAAGUAGCAGAAUUAAGAGCUGAAAAAGAAAAUUCUAGUGCUCAGGUGGAAAAUACCCAGAGAAUUCAAGUGCGGCAGUUGGCUGAGAUGCAGGCUACAGUCAGAUCCCUGGAGGCUGAAAAACAGUCAGCUAAACUACAGGCUGAACGCUUGGAAAAAGAGCUACAAUCAAGCAAUGAACAAAACACUACGUUAAUUAGUAAAUUGCAUAAAGCUGAACGGGAAGUAAAUACAUUGGCCAGUAAAGUAAAGGAGCUUAAGCAUUCAAACAAACUAGAAAUAACAGACAUCAAACUGGAGGCAGCAAGAGCUAAGAGUGAGCUAGAAAGAGAAAGGAGUAAAAUUCAAAGUGAACUGGAUGGAUUACAGUCAGACAAUGAAAUUCUCAAAUCAGCUGUUGAACACCACAAAGUGCUUUUAGUAGAAAAGGACCGUGAAUUAAUACGUAAAGUACAAGCUGCCAAAGAAGAAGGUUAUCAAAAACUUGUGGAAUUACAAGAUGAAAAGCUAGAACUUGAGAGCAGAUUAGCGGAUUUAGAGAAAAUGAAAGUGGAACAUGAUGUCUGGAGGCAGUCUGAAAAGGAUCAGUGUGAAGAGAAAUUGCGAUCUUCACAGAUGGCAGAAGAGUCGGCCAGAAGGGAACUACAGAGUAUUAGGUUAAAACUUCAACAACAAAUUGUGGAUAUUGAAAAUGCAGAAAAAGAAAAAAAAGAAAAUUCUGACCUGAAACAGCAAAUCAAUGGUUUGCAGAUCCAAGUGACCUCACUGGCAAAGUCAGAAAAUGAGUUGCUGAAUUCAAACCAAAUAUUGAAGGAAAUGGUGGAGAGGUUAAAACAGGAAUGCCGAAAUUUAAGAAGCCAAGCUGAAAAAGCACAACUAGAAGUUGAAAAGGCAUUGGAAGAGAAGCAAAUACAGUGGUUGGAAGAAAAGCAUAAGCUUCAUGAACGUAUCAAUGACAGAGAAGAAAAGUAUAAUCAAGCUAAAGAGAAAUUGCAGCGAGCUGCAAUUGCCCAAAAGAAGAGAAAAUCUCUGCAUGAAAACAAACUGAAGAGACUGCAGGAAAAGGUAGAAAUCUUAGAGGCAAAGAGAGAAGAAUUGGAAACAGAAAAUCAGGUGUUAAAUAGACAAAAUGUUCCAUUUGAAGAGUAUACAAGGCUUCAAAAAAGACUAAAGGAUAUACAGAGAAGACAUAAUGAAUUUCGAAGUUUAAUUUUGGUUCCUAAUAUACCUCCAUCAGCAUCCAUCAAUCCUGUUAGUCUUCAGUCAUCAACUGUGAUUCCAGGCAUGGAACUGUCCUUUCCUCCUCACAUGCAGGAGGAACAGCAUCAAAGGGAACUCUCUCUACUUCGCAAAAGACUAGAAGAACUUGAAACAACACAAAGGAAACAACUAGAGGAACUUGGAUCUCCUGGGGAAUGA